CUUACUACGAUUUCAAUUUCUUGAAUUGCGGCAAGCUGUAGCGAAGCAUGAACAGGAGCGACUGAACUCAGAACACAAAAUUACCAAUAAAAUCAUUAGAUUGAUUGAUAGAUCGAUCACUCACCCCAGUUGAAUUCGCAAUUAAGCAAAUACUAUUUAAUCAAUGGCUACCAGUAAUCAUGGUGGUGGAGGAGGAGGAGGUGGUGGUGGUGGUGGGGUUGGACGAGAAGAAGAGCAACUCAAGAAAAUGACCGAGUUAAGCAAAACCCUAAAAGAAGGAGAGAGAAUUUUAGCCCCCACGCGACGACCCGACGGUACUCUCCGAAAACCCAUCCGGAUUCGCGCUGGUUAUGUACCCCAAGACGAAGUUGCCAUCUACCAAUCUAAAGGCACCCUGUGGAAAAAGGAAAUGGAAUCUCAGGUGGUGCCUCCAGGAUAUGAUCCAGCUAUGGAUGUAAAACCUAAGACAAAAUCAGUAAAGAGGAAUGAAAGAAAGAAGGAGAAGAGGUUACAGGCUUCUCUUGAGAAAGGUAAGAACUUGGAAGCAAUGGUUGAUGAUGACAUGAAAAAUGAAGAAGUGUUACCUGCUGAACCCCUAGGUCAUCCAUCAGAAUCUGUCAAGUCAUUGACAUCUCAAAUGAAUGAGCUAGCUGUUUCUGCAAAUCCUGUCAGUAGUACUCCUGCAGACUCAACAGAGGUUUCAGAUACAAGUGCUCCAUCUCAAGAUAUUGAUAAAAGAAUUCGGGCACUUAAAAAGAAGGUUCGGAUAGCAGAAGGUCAGCAGCAGAAGACUGCACCAGAGGAUAUGAAACCAGAGCAGUUGGAGAAGUUGGCAAAAUUGGAAAGCUGGCGCCAGGAGCUAAAGCUUUUAGAGGGUAAAAAAGCUGAACAUGCAGCAUCAUGAAUGGAGACUUGUUCUUUGGGGAACAAGCUGUGUAGUUUUUUGUUUAUUUUUUUAUGAAGCUGUAAACUUUGUGUCUUAGUAGGAUCAAGAUUCUUCUGUCUAAAUUUUUCCAUCUUUGGUUCACGAGUUUGCCUAUAAACAAUGCACGUCAUUCUUAAUCUC